GCACCUUGAGCAUUUCUGAGCCUGAUAGAUGCCUCGACCAUCUCAUGGCAGCUUUCAAUGUCACCCCCUCUGAUCCUUCAACAUUUAUCCUAAUGGGCAUCCCUGGCCUGGAAGCUGCCCAUGGCUGGAUUUCCAUCCCUUUCUCUAUGUUCUACAUUAUCGGCCUGUUGGGAAAUGUCAUGGUUCUGUUUGUUGUAGGCAAAGAGCGGACCCUGCACAAGCCAAUGUACCUUCUGCUCUGCAUGCUGGCGCUCACAGAUAUCGGCAUGUCUACCUCUGUCAUUCCAAAGGCACUGUAUAUAUUUUGGUUUAAUUUGAAAGGCAUUACUCUGGGUGGCUGCCUCACCCAGAUGUUCUUCCUUCACAUGGUUACUGUAAUGCAGUCAGCCAUCCUUGUGACAAUGGCCUUUGAUCGCUAUGUUGCCAUAUGCAACCCUCUGAGAUACACCACCAUCCUCACCAAUGCGCGAAUAGCUAAGCUAGCGCUUGUGGGUUUGAUAAGAGCUGUUCUCUUCGUUCUGCCCCUGCCCUUUAUCUUGAGCAGGCUGCCAUUCUGUGGCAACCGCAUUAUCCCCCAUACGUACUGCGAGCACAUGGCUGUGGCAAAGAUGUCAUGUGGAGAUAUCACAGUUAACAGGACGUACGGCUUGGUGACAGCAUUUGUUGUCAUUGUGUUAGACCUGAUGCUCAUUGCUCUGUCCUAUGUUCUGAUCAUCAGGGCUGUCCUCAAAAUCUCCUCCAAGAAAGCCCACCAGAAAGCCCUUAACACCUGCACAGCCCACAUCUGUGUGAUGCUGAUGUCUUAUACUCUCUGCCUCUUCUCCUACCUGACACAGAG